AUGACCUCCGAACUCGAGAUCGUUGACGCGGAUCACCCGUUCAACAAGCCCAGCGCCGACCUCAUCCUGCGCACCAGCGACCACGUCGACUUCCACGUCCACAAGUUCAUCCUGUCAGAAGCUUCACCUGUCUUUGAGACCAUGUUCUCGCUCCCUCAGCCCGGGGAACCAUGCAGCUCCCCUUCAAACCGAGGGCAACGAUCCGCGGAACCCAUCCAGGACCACAAAGACGGGCGUCCUGUCGUUGCGGUUCCGGAGGACGUGCGCACUCUCGAUCUGCUGCUCCGCAUCAUCUAUCCCUACGAAAACCCGGAUCUAGAUGACCUGGACUGGAUCACCCCGACCCUGUCCGCCGCGAUCAAGUACGAUAUGGCCGGUGCCGUGAAGCUGCUAUCGCAGCAGUUGUCAGGGCACGCGACGACAUCUCCCUUGCGCGUCUACGCGUGUGCGGUGCGCCACGGGAUGGAGGGUAGAGCGCGCGAGGCGGCCGUGGGGUGCCUGCGCUUCACGUUGCUCGACCUGGAUGUCGUUCCGGAACUGGCCGACAUAUCGGCCGUUGCGCACCAUCGUCUCGUGCGCUUCAUCCUGCGCUGUCAGAAAGAGAUGGCCACGCUCACGACGGAUCUCACGUGGAUACCGGUCGGUUGCCCUGUCGUCGGCGAAUUCCCAAGCCACAAAACAUUGAUUUGGUGGUAUGCAAAAUUGAAUCCGCCCUGGACAAGGUGCCUUUUCUGUCACCGCCAAAUGGAUAUCAUCACCGACAAUUCACGCAAGCACCAUAAUGUGUGCAAAUGGUGGAUGUCAUUCCUCGAUAGCGUUCAAGCGCAACUGUUAAAACGGCCGUUCGGAGCGACGAUCCUCGAAGGAGCUUUCCUGGAGAAACCGAUCCAGAGCAUGUCAGAUUCGUGCAGGACAUGCCGCACUGCUUCGGGGAUAGGAGCUCUGAGGGCGUUCGCCAAGUAUUUGGCGGCGGAGGCCGAUCGCAGAAUUGCCGCGGUAUAA